GUUCCUCCAGCAGCUCUCAGUAACGCUGCUCCACGGAUACAAUGUCAUACCCAGAGGUUCGUGGUCCACCUCAGCCUUCUGGGAGGACUGGCUACUGAUGAAAUCAAAUGCUUAGAGAAGCAUGAGAUGCGGGGCUUUAUCUAGUGUUUUAUCUCAGCUAGAGUGGCUGCUGAAGUGCCACUGCUUGGUAUAGUGGUGCUUUACACCACCGCAAAUUUCUUCAGAGCAAACUCUUGGUAAAAUCCUUUCAUUUCCCUCUGAUUGCAAACCGGUGUGAAGACUGGAAUGAUUUGCCUUUUGGAAGAAUGUUGACUCUCGAGUGGGAGUCGGAGGGACUACAAACAGUGGGUAUUGUUGUGAUUAUAUUUGCAUCUCUGAAGCUGCUUCAUUUGCUGGGACUGAUUGAUUUUUCAGAAGACACUGUAGAAGAUGAAAUGGAAAUGGCCACAGUACGACAUAGACCUGAAGCUCUUGAACUGCUGGAAGCACAGAGUAAAUUCACAAAGAAGGAACUUCAGAUCUUAUAUAGAGGUUUCAAGAAUGAAUGCCCCAGUGGUGUUGUCAAUGAAGAAACCUUCAAAGAGAUUUACUCUCAGUUCUUUCCACAGGGAGAUUCCACAACAUAUGCACAUUUUCUGUUUAAUGCAUUUGACACUGAUCAUAAUGGAUCUGUAAGUUUUGAGGAUUUCGUUAUGGGUCUCUCAAUUUUACUCCGAGGGACAGUACAGGAGAAACUGAACUGGGCUUUCAAUUUGUAUGAUAUAAAUAAGGAUGGAUACAUAACUAAAGAGGAAAUGCUUGAUAUCAUGAAAGCAAUAUAUGAUAUGAUGGGGAAAUGCACCUAUCCUGUUCUCAAAGAAGAUGCUCCUAGACAACAUGUGGAAACAUUUUUCCAGAAAAUGGACAAGAACAAAGAUGGAGUAGUUACCAUAGAUGAAUUCAUUGAGAGCUGCCAGAAAGAUGAGAAUAUAAUGCGAUCAAUGCAGCUCUUCGAAAAUGUGAUUUAAUGAAGACAUUAGGUCUACAACUAAUGGACAAAUAUGAGCUAUUCUGCAACAUUAUCUAAAAAAUGGAUUUCCCACUUUAUCAUAAAUAAAGUUACUCAGCUUUACACUGAGAUAUGUA